AUGCAGUCUUUGCAGCACAUGCCGCUACUCCAAAAGCAUAUCAUCAACGAAGGCACAUUGUUCGACCGCCACUACUGCACCGUCAGUAUCUGCUGUCCCAGCAGGGUCAAUUUGUGGACUGGUCUGACGGCUCAUCACAACGACGUCACCGACUUGACGCCACCGUAUGGUGGAUAUCCCAAGUUCGUACAACAAGGCCUGAACGAGAAUUGGCUCCCAGUCUGGUUACAGCAGCUCGGCUACAACACCUACUACACCGGCAAACUGUUCAAUCACCAUACCGUGCAAAACUAUGGCGAUCCACUCGUCAACGGCUUCAACGGCAGCGACUUCUUGCUGGAUCCAUACACGUAUGAGUACUUCAAUGCGCACAUGGCCCGCAAUGGGGAGGAACCACUUGGCUACGAAGGACACUACUCGCCAGAUGUCGUCGCUCAGAAAGCCUACGGUUUCCUUGAAGAAGCAGUGCUGCACGAGGCGCCGUUGUUCCUCGCAGUAGCGCCUAUCGCGCCGCACUCGAACAUGCAUAUCAACUUCGAAAAGGGCGAGCUCAGCAGAGAUGCCGCAUUCUACGCCGAACGUCACGCACAUCUCUUCAAGGAGUACAAGAUCCCGCGCACGGCCAAUUUCAAUCCAGACGUGUCCAGUGGCGUCAGUUGGGUGAAAGAGCUUCCCAAAUUGAACGACACCGUGAUUGAGUACCACGACGAGUUCCAGCGAUCACGGCUCCGCUCUCUGCAGUCAGUAGACGAGAUGGUCGAGGAAGUGGUUCACAGGUUGGAAGCCCAUGGACUUCUUCACAACACGUACAUCUUCUACACUACUGACAACGGCUACCACAUCGGACAACACCGCGUUCCUCCGGGCAAAGAGUGCCCGUUCGAAGAAGACAUCCAUAUUCCUCUCGCAGUGCGAGGACCAGGUGUUCCAGCAGGACAUACGGCAAAUGUUGUCAGCUCACACACGGACCUGACGCCAACGCUGCUGAAGCUUGCCGGCAAAGAUCGACCAGAUCUUGAUGGUACGCCCAUACCGCUGAACAAGGCGGAAUUUCUCGAACCGCAAUCUGGAGAGCACGUGAACGUCGAAUUCUGGGGCCGUGCUCUUGGUGAAGGCAAGUACGGUUGGGUCGGGAACGAUACCUGGGGUAAUCUGGGUGCAAUCGCGGCCAGGAACAAUACCUACAAAGCGCUCCGGGUCGUGAGCGAACGCUAUUCCUUUCUGUACACUGUGUACUGUACCGGAGAGCGCGAGUUCUACGACGUCCAUCGAGAUCAAUACCAGAUGCACAACCUUCUGGACAAAGACCACGCACGCCUUGCGGAGGGCUAUACCAUCGCGGGCCGAUCUUUCGAACGUAUCAUGGAUCGCGUCGAUGCUCUACUCAUGGUGACUAAGUCCUGCAAAGGACGAACAUGCCAUCGGCCAUGGGAUGUUCUUCACCCAGACGACAAGGUGCGAUCUUUGGAAGCCGCAUUGGAUACUGCCUUUGAUCACUUUUACAAAGAGCAACCAAGAGUCAGCUUCUCCUCGUGCCCGCUGGGUCACAUUAUCAGCGAAGAAGGCCCCCAAGAUGUGAAUGUCUGGAACAGUGUAGAGCAACACCCGGUCGAUGGCGGCCAACAGCCACUGCAGCUACCGGGUCACUGGAGCUGGUGGACGUGA